CGACUUCAUAACUGGGCAAGAAAAGAGUAGACCGGUAGUUUCGCUCGUGACAAGGUCCACCUUGCAGUUCGAAACCACUGCCAUUCUACGGUUCUCCCGCAUUCUAUAACUCUGCGCCCCCUCACCCUCCUCCAUUUUCCCCAAAGCUCCCUUUUCACUGCCCUUUUCCUCUAGGCAGAGGAAUCACGCCCAUGCCUCCGGAAACUUCAACGAGCUCAGCUGGUGGUAAAGAGGGAUCCUCGGGUCCUUCUUCUAAGAAGAAUUCCAAGAAACCCAAAUAUUCCAAAUUUUCACAGCAAGAACUUCCUGCAUGGAAACCAAUUCUAACACCAGGAUGGGUCAUUUCUACGUUUGCUUUUGCCGGAAUCAUUUUCAUUCCUAUUGGCCUCGCAUCAUUAUCUGCAUCAGAAAAGGUUGUAGAACUACCAUUUAGGUAUGACCAACAAUGCAUUCCUCCUGAUUAUAGUAACAAUGCAGAGGCUUAUAUUAAAAGCACAACUACCAACAAAACAUGCACUGCGACAUGCAAAGUUGAAAAGGCAAUGAAAUCCCCAGUUUACGUCUACUAUCAGCUAACUAAUUAUUUCCAGAACCAUCGCAGAUAUGUUAAAAGUAAAAGUGAUGAUCAACUGCGGGAGAAGUCUGCUGAGUGGGACACAGAUGAUUGUAAACCCGAAGCUAGAACACCAGAUGGUCAGCCGAUUGUUCCUUGUGGACUCAUAGCUUGGAGUCUGUUCAAUGACACGUACAAAAUAAAAGUGAAGGACAAGGAUUUGGAGAUCAGCAAACACAACAUAGCAUGGCAGAGUGAUCAGACCAAAAAAUUUGGUUCUGAUGUUUACCCAAAAAAUUUUCAGACGGGAGGUUUGAUUGGGGGCGCAAAACUCAACGAGAGCAUACCUCUGAGCGGACAAGAGGAUCUAAUCGUCUGGAUGCGAACAGCAGCAUUGUCCACUUUCAGAAAACUGUAUGGGAAGAUAGAGACUGACCUUGAAGCUAACGAUGAGCUAUUCCUAGUGAUCGAGAACAAUUAUAACACAUACUCUUUCGGUGGCAAGAAGACUCUGGUUCUGUCAACCGCAACUUGGAUUGGUGGAAAGAACGAUUUCUUGGGGUUGGCUUAUAUUUUUAUUGGCGGCCUGUCCUUGUUCUUCGCUGUAGGCUUCUUGCUUCUGUAUGUGCUUAAACCAAGACCUCUUGGGGAUCCAUCCUACUUGUCUUGGAAUAGAAAUCCAGGAAUGAUCAAAUGAGGAGAUAGUAUAUAUACGGGAAAUUCCUGUGUUUUAGGUGAUUUAGAAGUUGUCUCUCUUCCUGCUUCACCAACUUCUUUGCGUGGCAAGGGAUCUGUCUUUGCUGGGGUUUGUACUCGACCAUGUUGUACGGCUCGUCACUUUCAGUGUCAUGUAUUAUGUGUCAUUAUCGAUUUGAAUCCAAAAAUAGUGCUGGAGUCAACAGAAUCAGUGACGAAGUUGAUAUUCAAGACGUUAUGUUGCGGUCACCGUCUUGCUUUUUUUUUUUUUUUUUCCAUUACAGAGGACAAGGUGGUGCUUUGAAAUCCUCAGGAAGUCUAAAGAAUACAAAAAAUAAUUUAAUAUGUCAAGAAGACUGCAAGUACAAAUUUUCUAUUUGGAAAACAUAAUUAUUGAUCCUAUAUUUUUAUCA